AUGUCAAAGGAGGAUUUCGUUAUUAAGCCUGAAGCUGCAGGUGCUUCCACUGACACUAGUGAAUGGCCAUUACUUUUAAAAAAUUUUGACAAGUUGCUAGUCAGAAGUGGUCACUACACCCCUAUCCCAGCUGGUAGUUCACCAUUAAAGAGAGAUUUGAAAUCUUAUAUCAGUUCCGGUGUCAUUAACUUGGACAAGCCUUCUAAUCCAUCAUCGCAUGAAGUUGUCGCUUGGAUCAAAAGAAUCUUGCGUUGUGAGAAGACCGGUCACUCUGGUACUUUGGAUCCAAAGGUUACAGGUUGUUUGAUUGUUUGCGUUGACAGAGCUACCAGAUUGGUCAAAUCUCAACAGGGUGCUGGUAAGGAGUAUGUAUGUAUCGUUAGAUUACAUGAUGCUUUGAAAGAUGAAAAGGACUUGGGACGCUCAUUAGAAAACUUGACUGGUGCGCUUUUCCAAAGACCACCUUUAAUCUCUGCUGUUAAGAGACAAUUGCGUGUUCGUACCAUUUAUGAGUCAAACUUGAUUGAGUUUGAUAACAAGAGAAACUUGGGUGUUUUCUGGGCAUCCUGUGAAGCUGGUACUUAUAUGCGUACCUUAUGUGUUCAUUUAGGUAUGCUACUUAGUGUUGGUGGUCACAUGCAAGAAUUGCGUCGUGUUAGAUCCGGUGCUCUAUCUGAAAAUGACAACAUGGUAACUCUACAUGAUGUUAUGGAUGCCCAAUGGGUUUACGAUAACACAAGAGAUGAAUCUUACUUGAGAUCUAUUAUUCAACCAUUAGAAACACUGUUGGUUGGUUACAAGAGAAUUGUAGUAAAGGAUUCAGCUGUUAAUGCGGUAUGUUACGGUGCAAAAUUGAUGAUUCCUGGUUUAUUGCGUUAUGAAGAAGGUAUUGAAUUAUACGACGAAAUUGUCUUGAUAACCACCAAGGGUGAGGCCAUCGCCGUUGCCAUUGCUCAAAUGUCCACCGUUGACUUGGCCUCUUGUGACCACGGUGUCGUUGCUAGCGUGAAGAGAUGUAUUAUGGAAAGAGACUUAUACCCAAGAAGAUGGGGGUUGGGUCCAGUCGCACAGAAGAAGAAGCAAAUGAAGGCGGACGGUAAAUUAGAUAAAUACGGCCGCGUUAAUGAAAACACUCCAGACCAAUGGAAGAAGGAGUAUGUUCCAUUAGACAAGGCUGAACAAUUAACUUCUGUUACCCCAGAAGUAAAGAAGACUGAAGAAGAAGCUAAACCUUUAAUCAAGGAAGUUGAAACUGAAAAGGAAGAAGUGAAAGAGGAUGAAGACAAGAAGGAAAAGAAGGAAAAGAAAGAAAAGAAAGAAAAGAAGGAAAAGAAGGAAAAGAAGGACAAGAAGGAAAAGAAGGACAAGAAAGAAAAGAAAGAGAAAAAGGAUAAGAAGAGAAAAACCGAAGAAGACGGCGAACCUGAAGAAAAGAAAUCUAAGAAAUCUAAGAAAUGA